CGAUAAUGUCGAUUUGGGAGCAUCCAAAUCCCACAGCCAACCCCACAAGCCCAGCAGAGGGGAAGCUUACACUGACUCCUUCCCCUUUUCCUCCAGUGCUAUAUCCUAGGAGGGCCUAUAGGUCCCUGAUUUCUUCCCUUUCGCCCCUCGUGGUAUGUUCCAGGAGGAGCCUGCAAGCAGUCCGACUUCUCAUCCCCUGUUAUCUGCCAGGAGAUAAUAGCCAUUGGCAUCUCCGUGUCUUUCCAGAGGCCUCUCAGCUUCUCUGAACAUCAUUACACAGAUCCAUAGAGUUCAGAGCCAAAGACCCUUUCUCCAAGAAGCCCGCCAGAGAAACGCCCCCAUUCUUGCUCCCCACCACCUGUGAGGCAGGGCCACCGCUCCGCAACGUGAGUAGAGGCUUCCUCAUCCUCUGUACGGAAUGGACACUCCUCCAACAUGGCGUACCCCACGGGGAAUCGCACCUCUGGCGCGGCCACGUUCCCCGCCUGACCACGCUGCCGAUGGGCACUGAAUGCCCCAAAACUUCGACUCCGUAACAUGGCGAUGUUGACUGUUGGUUGACUGCGGCUUCGAACGCGGUUUUGCGCCUGUGCAGAGCCACGCCCCUUCGUGUGUGAACCUCCCACCCAAAGCCCGAGAAGGGGCGGUGCUAGGGGUGGUGACCGGAAGCGCCUGCAGUUUUCGGCCGCGGUUUGAUAGUUGUUGUGAAGAGGAUCCCGGUGCUCUGUGUCCUAGCGGUGUGAAGGUAAAGGGGACCCGGGGAGGAGAAAGGCGAGAUUAAGUCUUCACUGUGAUAAGGAUUUUAUUCAUUUCUUCUUCCGCUGUCCAUGAUCCAGUUUGAAUUGUUUUGUAUGAAGCGGUUUCUUGGAAUCUCUGCUUAGCCCUUGGGACAGACCCUGUGGUGAAGGCUGCAAGAUCUUCCAUUUCCAGCAUCAGCAGCUGUGGUUAAGUCCACAGGUGCCCACCUGACCUCGGGUUCCUGGGAAGGGCAGAGUUGUCAGCAAGAGAACCUGGGGGUAAAGCCCAGCAGGAAGAUGCCAGGCAAUCGGAGUGCUGCUGGGCCGUCCCUGACCCUGACUACAGGGGGACGUGACAACUCCUGUGAGGUGUCAGUGUCCUUUGAGGACGUGACUGUGGACUUCAGCAGAGAGGAGUGGCAGCAUCUGGACUCUGCACAGAGGCGCCUGUACCAGGAUGUGAUGUUGGAAAUCUACAGCCACCUCCUCUCACUGGGGUAUGAAGUUCCCAAACCAGAGGUCAUAUUCAAGUUGGAGCAAGGAGAGGAGCCUUGGGCACUGAAGGAAAAAACCCUACAUCACAGCUGCUCAGAUGGAAAGUUUGGGAUUAAAACCUUACAAAAAAGAAUUUCUGGAAAAGUUUCAUUUCAUGGUGAAAUGGAAGGUGAAGAUGCAAAAGAUGAUUCAUUGUAUUCCAUUUUAGAAGUACUGUGGCAAGAUGCUGAACAGAUAAAAAGCUACCAGGAAAAGCAGAACAAACCUCUGAGUCAUGCUGCUUUCACCAAUAAGAAAAUAUUGAAUACAGAGUGGGAUUAUGAAUAUAAAAACAGUGGAAAAUUUAUUCAUCCAGGCCCAAAUUGUAUUCCUUCACAGAAAAGACCCCAUAAAUGUAACUCAUUUGGGAAGAAUUUAAAGCAUAAUUUAGAUGUACAUAUUCAUAGUGAAAGCAAUGCAACAAAGAACUUUGAUAAAAUUAUUGGACACAGUCAAGUUUUCACCCAGAGCUCUUCUUAUACUAACCAUGAAAAUACACACACUGGAGUGAAAUUCUGUGACAGCAAUCAGUGUGGAAAAGUCUUCGGCUUCAAACAAGCACUCCGUCACAAUCUGAAGUUUCCUGUUGGGGAGAAAGCAAAUAUGUGUACUGAACUUGGGAAGAUCUUCACCCAGAGGUCACAACUCUUUGCACCUCAGAGAAUUCAUACUAUGGAUAAACCUCAUGAACUUAGGAAAUGUGUAAAUGUUUUUACACAGAAGCCACUACUCAGUAUUUAUUUGAGAGUUCAUAGAGAUGAAAAGCUAUAUAUAUGUUCUGAGUGUGGAAAGGCAUUCAUCCAGAAUUCAGAAUUAAUUAUGCAUGAGAAAAUUCAUACUAGAGAAAAACCCUAUAAAUGUCAUGAAUGUGGAAAAUCAUUUUUCCAAGUGUCAUCUCUCCUAAGGCAUCAGACAACUCAUACUGGAGAAAAGCUUUAUCAAUGCAGUGAAUGUGGGAAAGGCUUCUCCCUGAACUCAGCCCUAAAUGUACAUCAGAAAAUUCAUACUGGAGAGAGACACCAUAAGUGCAGUGAGUGUGGGAAAGCCUUUACCCAAAAAUCAACACUCAGAAUGCAUCAGAGAAUUCACUCAGGAGAGAGAUCCUACAUAUGUACUGAAUGUGGUCAGGCCUUCAUCCAAAAGGCACACUUGAUUGCACAUCAAAGAAUUCAUACUGGAGAGAAGCCUUAUGAAUGCAAUGACUGUGGGAAAUCUUUCCCUUCUAAGUCACAACUCCAGAUGCAUAAGCGAAUUCACACAGGAGAGAAACCCUACAUAUGCACUGACUGUGGUAAGGCCUUUACCAACAGGUCAAAUCUGAAUACUCACCAGAAAUCUCACACUGGAGAGAAGUCUUAUAUAUGUGCUGAAUGUGGGAAAGCCUUCACGGAUAGGUCAAAUUUCAAUAAACACCAGACUAUUCAUACUCGAGAGAAACCCUUUGUUUGUGCUGAUUGUGGGAGGGCCUUCAUCCAGAAGUCAGAGUUACUUACACAUCAGAGAAUCCAUACUACAGAGAAGCCUUAUAAAUGUUCUGACUGUGACAAAUCCUUCUCAAAGAAACCACACCUCAAAGUACAUCAGCGAAUUCACACAGGAGAGAAACCAUAUAUAUGUGCAGAAUGUGGGAAAGCUUUCACAGACAGAUCAAAUUUCAAUAAACACCAGACAAUUCAUACUGGAGAUAAACCCUAUAAAUGUAGUGACUGUGGAAAAGGCUUCACUCAGAAAUCAGUUCUGAGUAUGCAUCGCAAUAUUCAUACAUGAAAGUAACCCUGUUUCUUGAAAAUGAGAAAGCCUUAUCACAGAAAUCAGGUCUAAGUGUGUAUUAUAAAAUUUAACCAAGACAGAUCAUAUAUUGAAUGCAUUGCAUAAUAAAAAGAAUUUGUCAGGCUCUUUCACCUGAGAUGAGAAAAAUUAUUCAGAAGAGACCCUCUAAGAAUGCAUUGAAUGAUGAGGAAUUUCCAUAUUUGCACAGCCUCACAAAAUAUAAUUGAAUUCAUACUGGGGAAAAUGUUAUCAGUUUGAGAGAUUAGGAAAAGCCUUCCUGUAGAAAGUAUUAUAAGGCAAAUUAUUACCAAAUUCUUUAUAGAUUAUGAAAAAUUAUAUAAAUGACAGUAAUGUUUAUUGUGUUGUAUUAAGCAAUUUAAAGUGACAACAAAAUGAAAGGUAGGGCAACAAAAUAAUAUAUUUGAUGUGUAGACCUGCUCUCAGAUCUGUUUGUAGCAAAACACAUUGCACAAUGGGAGGAAUAAUUGAGUUGAAAUUCUUUUUUUUAUUUAAUGUAUUUGUGUCUAUCAAAUAUGUUUGCUACUGAAUAUUUUGCUCAUGUGAAUCCACAGUUUUAAAUUCAUUAAGGUUUUAUACAUACACUCGUCUGCUGAUAUAAUUUUACACAAACACAUAAAUAUAAUCAUGUCAUAUAUGUUGAUUUCCGUGACAUCAUAUUUCUAUCUUCCUUCAUUGUGGUACAAUGCAAAAAUAACCACAGCUCUCUCCCAUCCUUUUAUGCACCCCUGUUUUUAAUAUUACUGUUGCUUCUCUUAUUAAGAGGCAGAGCUCUCUCUCUACUCCUUGACUCUGAGUUUGGCCAUGUGAAUUGCUUGGGCCAAUAUACAUUAACAAAGAGAUUCAAGAAGAUGCUGGAGAGGUGUGAAAAGCCUGCCUUGAGACUUACCCUUUCUUGCCGCUCUUUGGAAUUCUGAGACCUUCAUGUGAAGAAGCUCAGAUUACUAAGGGAUGUGAAACCACAUGGAACAGAGAUGAACCAACCCAGAUGAAGCCCCUUAGACCAAAUGCCAGAUGUGGGAGUAAGGCCUUCUUCAACCUCCAGCCCCAGCCAUGCCAGGCCACACCAGAAGAGCCAUACUAGUCAUCCCAACCAACCUGGAGAAUUAUGAGAUAGAUAAAAUGAUUAUUGUUUUAAGCUACUAAGUUUGGUGUAGUCUGUUACACAGCAAAUGCUGAGUAAUACAUAAAAGUGUACACCUACUGGGGGUGUUGUAUCAAAAUAUAAAACAUGUGGCAUCAACUUUGGGCCUGGGCAGCAGGCGGAGACUGGAAAAGCAAUGAGGAAAACUGUUAAGAAAGUCUGCAGAAGAUGGCAGUCCAUGUUGUCUAACAAGGGAAAAAAUAACAAAACAGCUACCAUACUCUGUGGAAAGAUAGAGAAUAUACCAAAUGAACUUGUGGAUCGGGCUAAAGAGAUUUCCAACAGAAUGUUGAAGUAUCUGUUUGCUUCUUUUAGCUGCAUAUGAUAAAAUGCAGAAAGAAAAAUAUGAACUAAGUAAAUAACUGUUCCAUUUGCAAUCAGAGUUCAGAAGAAACACCCAAAAAAACAGGACUUGGCUGAGUUGGAAAAUAACUGUCUCACAUCUCCAGUCUCUCCAGCCAUCAAAAUAUUCUCAAGGUGAAAAAGUGACCUCCAGAGUAGAGAUCAAAUCAUAGAUGUGGCUCUAAGACCCUUUGAUAAAAUGUGUAAAAUAUUUUAAGUUGGUGUUUGGGAGACCCUGUCAGCUAAGCUAAACAUCUCCUAAAAACUUGUCAACAGUGUCCCAAUAGCCUGACUCACUGUUCAAAGUAGAGAGGGGCCCAUGUUAAAAAAAAUUGUUGAUGUUGCGUUUGGGACAUAUAGUAAAUACAAACCAGACUCAUAGAAAACUUGCAACAUUUUUAACAGAGUUUUACUAACAAAACUACCUCCAGGUUGGACUUAAAAAGACUGGAAAAGUCCAAAGUGAAAAAUGGACUCCCCUCUCUUAACUUCUGUGAACAGGAAGCAAGCUGUGAAAGUUACUCAGCUGCAAACAUGGGCCAUUUCUUAUGGGAAAAGAAGGCCGUCUCAGAGAGAAGAUCCAAGAACAGUGUACUAAAAUGGACUGGGAAGCCAUUCCCAGGCAGAACUAUGACCUAAACAAGAAACACUUUUUGCCCCUGGAGCAGAGAGACCUGACAGUAUUUGCUCUGUGGGAUUUCAGAAUUAUUAUUGAACAGUGAUUGAUAAAUGCCUCUUUUUCCUUCCCUUUUUGAAUGGAAGUAUCUGUUACAGUUAUCCUGUCCCUAUCUCACUAUUGUAUUUAUAUUUAUGUGUAUGCACGUGUGUGAGUAUGUGUGUGUUGGGUUUGGGAGGCGGUCAUAUAACUUGUCAUUUAGUUCACAGGUCUCUGGAUUAAAAAAACUGAGAAUCUGCACCCAAGGAACCUCAACCAUAUCUGAAUCUGAUAUAGAAGUCUUAGAGGUCUUGGAAUGGGGGUGAAUGUAUUUUGCCUGGUGUGAUAAUGUAAAUAAUUUAUUAUCGGAAGAGAGACUGUGAUAGAAAAUACUACAAUUUUCCAUCCCUAUAUGUAUGCCUAUUUUCAGUCAUUAUUUUGCUUUGUGUUUCAGUUGGGAUAAUUUCUAUUAACCUAUCUUCAAGGUCACUGAUUUUAACCUCUACCCUGGCUCUGUCAGAUCUACUGAUGAACCUAUUGAAGGCAGUCUUUAUCUCAGUUAUGUUUUCUUUUUAUUUCUAGAUUGUCCAUUUGAAUUUGAAAGAGUUUUCAUCUCUGCUGAAAUUCCCCACAUGUUCAUACCUGUUGUUUACAUUUUCCACUACCCUCUUUAACAUACUAAUCAUUGUUAUUUUAAACUCCUUGUUUGACAGUUUCAACAACUAGAUCAACUGAACCUGGAUCUGUUGAUUGCUUUGUCUCUUGACAGUGGAUUGUUUAUUCUUGCUGUUUUGCAUGUAAUAUUUGGCUGAAUGCCAGAUGUUAUAUGUAGGAUAGUAGAAACUGAGGUGAAUAUUUAAUUCCUGGGAGUAGACAUGUUACUUUCCUUAUAGGUCAUUGGCAUAGGGGAAUUGAGGCCAGCUAGUCAGGAUUUGUUCUGGUGUUUAGGUGUUGUUAUUGCUCUCUUUACCUGCAAUGUAUCAAUGACUUCAAACUUCUCUAGUGUUACCUUGUGCUUCCAGUAGGCACUGAUUUUCCAGAUAAUUUAUCUCAGUAUUACUGCACCACCCUUGCCUUUAGGCCUUUCUUAAUGUGCUUAUACGUGGAGAGUCUCUCUCUCUACCUCUUGCCUCUCCCUUAGUAGCAGACUUUUAUUAUUACCUGGGUCUUGGUGACCUGAUAAGUGGGAGGGCAGGAGUUGUCUGGGGCCAGCCUCAGUCUUAGACAGGCCCUAUAUCCCUAGAUCUUGGAAGGUGAAGCUUUUUCAGUGAUCCUGCCCUUCCCAUUAGUAUUAAUAGAAGGCUUUAAAUGGUCUGAACCUAGGGAGGAUUCCUGCCCUUUCCUUUUCCUUUCCUCUAGCUACAGUAGAUCUUUAACUAUGUCUUGGGGGCAACAAGGUUUGCUGCACUUCACCCAGUGGCUUAAGGUUUUUAUUCUGUGAGGGAGUAGGGUCCCAUCAGGGCUUUGGCCAUUUCUGUAUCAGCAGCUGUGCCCCUAAAGGCCUACACCACUGAGAUAGGCUUUCUCCAGUCUCCCACCCUACCCCUGAUGUUUCUUAUGAGCAACCAGUGGAGGUCUAUGGAGAAGAACCUGCAAGUGGGGGCCUAUGUCCCCAGCUCUCAGAGCUCUGAUAUCCUCU